UGAGGGUGCGUAUCUUGAGGCGACAGAAGGGACAGCCCCGAGGGGUCUAGGGCCGACGCGGACUCCGACGUCACUGCGGCGCGCCGUUUCCGGUCCCCUGCGCCGGAGCGAAUGACUUACCCCUCCGUGGGGCAGGAGCCGGGCUCACCGCGACCCCCGGGAGCCCACGAUCGCUCGGCGCCAGCCGCCGAGUACGCCAGCACCAGCAUCCCAACCACCUCCGGGGCCAUGGCCACUGAUUCGUGGGCCCUGGCGGUGGAUGAGCAGGAAGCGGCGGCCGAGUCGUUGAGCAACUUGCAUCUUAAGGAAGAGAAAAUCAAACCAGAUGCCAAUGGUGCUGUUGUCAAGACCAAUGCUAAUGCAGAGAAGACAGAUGAAGAAGAGAAAGAGGACAGAGCUGCCCAGUCCUUACUCAACAAGCUCAUCAGAAGUAAUCUUGUCGAUAACACCAACCAAGUGGAAGUCCUGCAGCGGGAUCCAAACUCUCCCCUCUACUCAGUGAAGUCUUUUGAGGAACUUCGACUGAAGCCACAGCUGCUUCAAGGAGUCUACGCCAUGGGCUUCAACCGUCCAUCCAAGAUACAGGAAAAUGCACUGCCUUUGAUGCUUGCUGAGCCUCCACAGAACUUAAUUGCCCAGUCUCAAUCUGGUACUGGUAAAACAGCUGCCUUUGUGUUGGCCAUGCUCAGCCAUGUAGAAGCUGCAAACAGAUACCCCCAGUGUCUGUGCCUCUCCCCAACAUAUGAGCUUGCCCUUCAAACGGGAAAAGUAAUUGAGCAGAUGGGCAAAUUUUACCCUGAACUGAAGCUAGCUUAUGCUGUUCGAGGCAAUAAAUUGGAGAGAGGUCAGAAGAUAAGUGAGCAGAUUGUCAUUGGCACCCCUGGAACUGUUCUGGACUGGUGCGCCAAGCUCAAGUUCAUUGACCCCAAGAAGAUCAAGGUGUUUGUUCUGGAUGAGGCUGAUGUGAUGAUAGCUACUCAGGGCCAUCAAGAUCAGAGCAUCCGCAUCCAAAGGAUGCUGCCCAGGAACUGCCAGAUGCUGCUUUUCUCUGCCACCUUCGAAGAUUCUGUAUGGAAAUUUGCCCAGAAAGUGGUCCCAGACCCCAACAUUAUCAAACUGAAGCGUGAGGAGGAGACACUGGACACCAUCAAGCAGUACUACGUCCUGUGCAACAACAGAGAUGAGAAGUUCCAGGCCUUGUGUAACCUCUACGGGGCCAUCACCAUUGCUCAAGCCAUGAUCUUCUGCCAUACCCGCAAAACAGCCAGCUGGCUGGCAGCAGAGCUCUCCAAAGAAGGCCACCAGGUGGCUCUGCUGAGCGGUGAAAUGAUGGUGGAGCAGAGGGCUGCGGUGAUCGAGCGCUUCCGAGAGGGCAAAGAGAAGGUGCUGGUGACCACCAACGUGUGUGCCCGUGGUAUCGAUGUUGAACAGGUGUCUGUUGUCAUCAACUUCGACCUUCCCGUGGACAAGGACGGGAACCCCGACAACGAGACCUACCUGCACCGGAUCGGGCGCACUGGCCGCUUUGGCAAGAGGGGCCUGGCGGUGAACAUGGUCGACAGCAAGCACAGCAUGAACAUCCUCAACAGAAUCCAGGAGCAUUUUAAUAAGAAAAUAGAAAGAUUGGACACAGAUGAUUUGGACGAGAUUGAGAAGAUAGCCAACUGAGGAGCUCUGCCAGUCACUGGUGCCCGCCCUUGGCUCCCCCUACAAGGGAGACUAGUGCUUUCACAUACAGGCCUCAACAGUCACCGCGAAGAUGAAGGCACGAGUAGAGAGAAACUACCUACCUCAUUUUAAAUUACGUUUGGACUCGACAGAAAUUGUGCAAAUGAUGGGGGAAGGUAGAAACAACUGUUGACACAGCUUUUGAAGAUUAGGCGUGAAUACACAGAAAUUUACCUUUUGGAAAUUUUGUCUUUUUUUUUUUGGCCAGCGUUUUCCCCAUUGUUACACUAAUCUAGAUGCUGUGGCUAAUCACUUGCUCAGGAGCUCUCUGACCACCCCUGCCCAUUCUUGGGGUAGGAGUGUUCAGGCCAACCCUGGCCCUAGUGGAAGUGACAGAAUAGAGGUGAAGAGGGAACAUGGGUAGGGGGCGGCGCCCAAAUAGGAUAAGUGUGUAAGCCUCCCAUCAUGUUUGGAGUAAGGUGAGAGGCACCAGAGGAGACCUGUGAGCUGCUGCUUUGGGUUUGGGGUGGGCAAGCUCAUCUGAGCGUUGUUAGCCAGUUCUGUUCUGAUACCCAGAGCAGGAAGGGAUUUGCUAAGCACAGACCAAAAUGCCAUCCUGGGAUCUUCAGUGUAUGCAAGUUUGUGUUGCAGGACCAUGACCUGUUCUCAGCACAUGCAACCUGUAUGCGGUCCACAUCUGAUUACUAGUGGGUACCUUGCUUGUGUGUGAGCAAAUCCUGUGAAAAAGUCAUUAUGGAGAAUCAGAGCUGGCUCUAGCUUGCUAUAAAACCUGGUCUCACAGGCACUUGCCCAUCUUUUUUACAUCCCUACCAUCACCUUAAUCCUUUAGUAGCCCCAGGCAAAUAAAAGGUGAUCUGAGUUUUGGAUCCUUAGUGAAAACUGGGUUCAAGUCACAAAUGGCCAGCUUCAGAAGUAAUCUGCAGUAGUCACAAAUUCUUGCUUUGUUUUCAGAUCCCAGAAGGCAAGUUUUGUAAGAGCUGGGGAAUGAGUUCACAUAUUUGACAUCUUGAUUUUAAAGGGUUACUGUACAUUUGUGUUCAGUGCUUGGAAUACAAACAAGUACAACUAAGGGACUAGGUGGACUACAGCCAUUUAUCUAUGCAAGGCAAGAGGAACUGUCAAACCUUUACUCUGUCCUUAACUUACUUGGCAUCUUUGUGCAGAGUAGUUAGAGCAAAUAGUAACGGACAUUCCUUCAUACCUGGAGAAGACUUCGUAUCCACAAUGUAACAGCACAAAUGUGAGACUUGAGUUGCAAGAACAAUAUGAAACCCUAGCCAAAAGGAGUCCUCUUUUGCUCUUAGACUUUGAUACAGAAUGGCCACUUUACCUAGGACUGGGCUUGGAAGAGGGGUGUUUUGUGAGGAGUACUACUACAAUCCCAGACCUUCCUUGUGUUUCUGUUUUAGGGCUAGAUCUGUCUCCUGGGAAAGGAAGGGGCCACUACCAGCUUCCAGAUGGUUACCUUAAUCUAACAUUACAGAUACUGCAGAGAGACUAACACUCUGCCUGUCCUCCACAUUCCUCCACUGGACUCUACAGAGUUUUUCUAUGCUUCUGGCCAACUUUGACCAACCUUAGAAGAGAUUUAACACCCCUCCCCCCACAACUCUUGAAGUCCUAUGGACCAACCCUGAAAUAAAUAGAAACAAAGGGAACAAUUAAAGGACUGUAAACUCACAAGACUGUAGACCAGGCAUACCCCCACCUUCUCACAACAUGUACAACCUGUCUACUUGAGUAGCCCUAAAUAUGGACAGGAAAAUGGGAAGGGAAGAGCUUCAGACUCUUCAAUAGUAGAAGUAAAUGGGAUCUGGUAAAAACCUAGAUUACCAGUUCUUAAUCUGGUGGCUUGGGCCCCUUAGAAUUCACUGGAUAGGUUUUGUGGAGACUGAAGUGUAUGCAGUACUUUGAGUUAAAACGCAUCUUCCUGGCAGAGACUCCCAAAGGAGUGUGUGUGUUUUAAAAAGGUAAGACUCAACUGUCAUGGAUGGCUCUGGAAUGUCUCCCCAGCGUCACUGCAGUCCGUAUUCUUUUGCAGACCAUGUUCAUUGCCUCCAGUGCUUG